ACUGUAGGAGUAGAGGAAGGCAGAACACCGGGAGACGAAGCGGACGCGAAACACCUCUACAAGACUAACAUUUGACAUCCGAGUUGAGUAAUCUUUAAGAAAAUGAUUCACUGCGUGCAAUGGGCGCUCUGCCUUGCAUUUCUGGUUGCAUUUGCUGCCUGCGAUGCUCCUCACAUCCCGUUAGACGACAUCUUCAUUGAGAAAACUUUCGUGCCAGAGCAGUGCGUGCGCGCAGUCGAAGUGGGAGAUUAUGUCAGAUAUCACUACAUCGGAAUGUUUCCCGAUGGCACGAAGUUUGAUUCCAGCUAUGAUCGAGGCAGCACCUACAACGUGUAUGUUGGUAAGAAGCAGCUGAUUGAGGGGAUGGACAAAGCUCUGGUGGGGAUGUGUGUCAACGAGCGAAGACUGGUCAAGAUCCCCCCUCACCUGGCCUAUGGCAAAAAGGGAUAUGGUGACAUUAUCCCUCCUGAUUCCAUUCUUCAUUUUGACGUCCUGCUGUUGGAUGUGUGGAACCCCGAAGAUGGAGUUAAAAUCAACACCUAUUACACCCCAUCCACCUGCUCCAGAAAGGUGGAGGUGUCCGACUUUGUGCGCUAUCACUACAAUGGAACCCUUUUGGAUGGGACUCUCUUUGACUCCAGCCAUACUCGGAUGCGUACUUAUGACACAUAUGUGGGAAUUGGAUGGUUGAUCGCAGGCAUGGACCAGGGGCUUCUGGGAAUGUGUGUUGGGGAGAAACGAAUCAUUACUAUGCCCCCCUCCCUUGGAUACGGGGAGAAUGGAGAUGGCAGUGACAUCCCAGGACAGGCCUCUCUUGUGUUUGAUGUGGUUUUGCUGGACCUUCACAACCCUAGAGACGGAAUCACCGUGACCAACCAACAGGUGCCUGAACCCUGCACCAGAAAGACAGUUGCUGGUGACUUUGUGCGUUACCAUUACAACGGCAGCCUCCUUGAUGGGACUUUCUUUGACUCAAGCUACUCGCGCAAUCGCACCUAUGACACAUAUGUGGGUCGGGGCUAUGUGAUCGCUGGUAUGGAUGAGGGCCUCAUUGGUGUCUGUGUCGGAGAAAAACGGACCAUCACUAUCCCCCCACAUCUGGGCUAUGGAGAGGAAGGCACAGGCUCCAAGAUCCCAGGUUCUGCAGUGCUGGUCUUUGACAUUCAUAUAAUUGACUUCCACAACCCUUCUGACAGCACUGAUGUCACGGUCACAUACAAGCCAGAAGAGUGCGAUAGUCAAACCAAGAAAGGGGAUUUUGUUAAAUAUCACUACAACGCCUCUUUACUGGACGGUUCAUCGAUUGACUCCACGUAUAACUAUGGAAAGACAUACAACAUUGUGCUUGGAGCUAACCAGGUUGUACCAGGCAUGGAGGAUGGACUGGUCGGGAUGUGUGUGGGAGAGAGGAGACAUCUUGUUAUUCCUCCUCAUCUCGGCUAUGGAGAGAGGGGUGUCACUAACGAAGUGCCUGGCAGUGCAGUGUUAGUGUUUGACGUUGAGCUGGUGGAGUAUGAGGAGGGACUGCCCGAGGGUUACAUGUUUAUCUGGAACGACGAAGUAUCUCCGGAUCUGUUCUCUGAGAUGGACAAGGAUGAAAACGGACAUGUGGAAUCUUCUGAGUUUACGGAUUACAUCAUGCGUCAGGUGACUGAGGGCAAAGGUCGUUUAGCCCCUGGCUUUGAUCCAUACCGCAUCAUCGACAACAUGUUCUCCAACCAGGACCGCAAUGGAGACGGGAAGAUUACGGAAAACGAGUUCAAACUGAAAGCAGAUGAGGCUACCCAUGACGAGCUAUGAUGAGUUAGGAUUUUUUUUAUUUUGUGUUAUGGGGUGCAGGUUGGAACACUGAUAAAAAACAAACAAAAGAACAAACAAAAGGAACAAAAAGAGUUUAGGAAGAUUGUUUAAAGAUGGAAUUAUUGAUGUCACCUUAUAAUUUUGUGAAUGGUUAUUACCUCUUUUUCCUUAUUGUGUUUUAAAAUAGCACAAAAUGUAUGUUUGAUAAGUCAAACCAGGGCUUCUAUGUCAUUUGUCUUGCACUCAGACAGUUUUCUAUGGAGAGAUCUUUUUUAUGUUACCACUCUUGUUGACACAAACAAAUGGACUGUUACUUCCUCUUUUUUUUUUAACAGAUUGUUUAUUUAAAAUUUUAGAUAAGGACAGUCUGUAAACCAUGUUGUUUUUUUAUUUCUUUCUGAGUUGUAGUGGUUUUACGUGUCUUUGUCAUCAAAUUAUUCAGGACAUUGUGAAUUUGAAUGUGUGUUUGAGUGACAGAGGGAGAGAAAGCAGCGUGAGCAUGUGUAACAGUUUUUGUGUGAUUUUAUAUUCAGGAAUAACUUGAACGUGUGAUAACAGUGCCACAACAACAUGAUUAAAACAUAAAAUUUUA